UUAAGAGCGUAUUACCCAAAUACUACUCGGGACUGUGGCGCCCCUCACUCCACCAUGCUCAUCCGGAGGUUUCAUAGAGCCGCGGCAUGGGCGACGCCUCUGUUGCGACACCCAACCGUAGGGAAAACCAUGGAGCUUGGAGUCAGCAGGCUGCAAGUUGGGUGCUCUUGGUACUGCACAAUGAUACAAGAUCAAAUGUAUAAACAGCUUGCUGAUAAAGAUAGAAAAAAUAAGGAUGUUGACAAUAGUAAAGCUUUGGGGCACAUUUCAGAGCAAAAUAUUGGAGACAUUAGAAAGCACAAAAUUGGGGAAAAUGUUUCACGGAAAGACAAAAUUAGUUUUCUUGUAAAUACGCUGCUCGAUCUGAGAGAUAGUAAGGAGGCUGUUUAUGGUGCUCUUGAUGCCUGGGUUGCAUGGGAGCAAGACUUUCCAAUUGCAUCCCUUAAGCAUGUAUUGGCUGCCCUUGAGAAGGAACAACAGUGGCAUAGAAUUGUACAGGUAAUCAAAUGGAUGCUAAGCAAGGGCCAGGGAACCACAAUGAAUGUCUAUGGGCAGUUAAUUCGGGCUUUAGACAUGGACCAUCGAGCGGAAGAAGCACACAAAUUUUGGGUUAUGAAGAUUGGUUCGGAUCUUCAUUCAGUUCCUUGGCAAUUGUGCAGAAGCAUGAUAGCAAUAUACUACCGAAAUAAAAUGCUAGAAGACCUUGUAAAGCUUUUUAAGGAUCUCGAAGCCUUUGGACGUAAACCCCCAGACAAAUCAAUAGUUCAGAGGGUAGCAGAUGCUUGUGAGAUGCUAGGCUUGCUUGAAGAGAAAGAGAGGGUACUCGUAAAGUACAAAUACCUUUUUGAUGAGAAGCAAGAGUCCAUGAAGAAAUAUAAGAGGGUUUCGUUUGAAAAAUCAAAGAGAAAACGAAAAUCAACAAAGGGCAGUGAAGACAAUAGCAACCUUGUGAAGUCUGAAUGAAUGAAAGAAACAGGUAAAAAUAUGAAAGAAAUUAUGUGUUAAUUAACUUAUUCAUUUAUCUCAGCAACCCUGAUUAUAAUGGUGACGUCUUACGGGUAUCAAUAUUUUGCUUCGGCUUUUGUAAAUAAUUGUUUUUUAUUGUUAGAAUUUUAGUUCUCGAACUUGUAGCACUGACAUGUAUUUAGCCCAUAAGCAAUUACCCUCUUGAAAUCCAUAUUAAUUCGAGAGUAUUUGUAGUGAACGAUAAAAUUAGCUAAUUCUGGGCAUAGCAAGUUGGUUUUCUUUUUCA